AUGCCACAUCCAGGAAGGCCAAAAGGUCGAGUGAAUAAAAAGACACAAGCUGCACAACAAGAUGCACUAGCACGAGCGCAAGCAGGACAACAACAACACUCAUAUCAACAAGAUCUGCAGUAUCGACGAGGAGGAAUCAAUCAUCCUCAUCAGCCUCCACCAUCUUCUGCACAGCAAAGGCCAUCACAAGGUAUGAUAAAAGAGGAGGCGGGUAUUCAGCUUCACGAUGAAGCAGACCUUAUAUCAUACAGGACAGAUGCUUUGCACCGAUACAUCACGAACCAUGAGUACCUCGAGAAUAUCACUGCAAAGGUAGUCCACACGUCGAAAAUCAUUCCUCCUUCGAUGUACCCAAAUAUACCGAAACGAAAACCUCUGGAGUAUUCGAACUUACAACCGGAAGAUAUUUAUUUCGGCGAUAUGGACUUGAUGAAACAUGUGGAUGCCGAGCUUGUCAAAAGUUUGCAAGUUAUGCAGUCCGAAAAGGACCCUGGUUUUGAAAAAUACUUGUUCAAUGCCCCACAAUACCAAUUUCAACGUAAGGUGUAUGAUGAAUUAAAUGGAAUGCUGUACCUGGUUCAUGAUCGUGCUUCUUUGGAAAAGCUUGAAGUCAGGCUCAAUGACGUGCUAAGUGAGUAUGAAAACAAGUUUGGUAGAGAGUACGUGACACUUGGAGAAAGAGUUGAUCGUUGCAUGCAUACUGAUAAAGUGAAUCCUGAUAUUGUUGUGGAAAGGGCACCUGCAGAUUACGAUCCAAUCAAGGAAGAAGAAAGGAUUCAGAAGGAGAAAGAUGAGAUUGUACGGCCAGAAUCAAGUAUAUCGAAUAAAAAUGAUACUGAGGACAAAGAAGGAAAUACAGAAAAGAAUAGUGAAAAGAGUAUUGAAGAAAAUAAUAAAGGAACACAGAAUAACGAAAACGUCCAAGGUGAUGGACUAGUUAGUAAUGAUAUGGACAUUGAUUUGGAUCUGGGCAAAUUUGGCGAUUCAAAUGAAUUGUACCAAUUUGGCAAUCACGACGAACAGAGUAACGACAACGACAACAACAGCAACUUUGGUCAUGAGGGGCAAUUUGGAAUACCAACUUCCUUGGGUAACAAUACAAAUGAGGCUACCUCUACUUCUGCAACAACAGCGACAACAGCUCCAGUUCCAGUUCUAGCGUCAGGGACACAAACAGAACAAGACGAGUUACAAGAGAAAAAGCUGAGCAGGCAACCAACUGAGGGGUCACAUGAGUCGCAAGAAUCACGAGAAGCCUCAAAGAUUCAGGAUGCACAGAAAUCCUCAAAAGCACAAAAUGAACAAAGUGUUAUCUCACCUCCUACACAAUCAGAACCCGGAUCCAUACUCAGCACAGGAUUAGCACAAGAGGCAAUACAAACAAACGCCAACAUUUUGAGUGCUGAUGAAGAAGAAACAGCACAAUCAGGAGAAGAUGGUGCUGCGACAACAGAACCAACAGAGGCAAAAGAAACAAAAGAAGCAACAGAAGCAACAGAAGCAAAAGAGGCAAAAGAGGCAACAGAAAUAACAGAAGCAACAGAACCAACAGAAGCAACCGAGGCAAAAGAAGACAUCAUUGUUCCAGACUCUAACGAAGAGGUACACACAGAAGAAGCAAAUGCAAAUGAUAUGGCUAUAGACACUGAUUUGAACGAUUUAUUCAAUGAUGGCGCAGAUAUGGAUCAUCUGGCAAUUGUUAACGACGAUAUGAAUGAGUUGUACAAUUUUGGUGAUGCCAGUGGGAAUGAUGACCUUAUGGGUGAUGAAUUUGACCAAGACUUUUUGAGCCAAAUUAAUCACGGUAUGUAA